AUUUCCUCCACUCCUCUGUCACCACCGCCUACUACUUCUUUCUCCCCUUUGUGUAAUUUAUUCUUUCCUGUCCUCCGCAGAGAUAAGCCAUCAUUCGCUCAACUCUGUCAAAUUUUAAACAAGCUCGAGCAGUGUUUUCUCGAAACGCAAAGAACAGUGUUAUGGGACACGGGACUAGCCAUAGAAGAAACAGAGAAAGAGAGUGCUGCAGUAAAUAGGAAGGAGGGAGUCGAAUGGUUGACAAAGGUUGUUGCAUCUUCAUUAGAAUGGAUAGAAGACAAUGAAAGGGAAGAGGUUUUAGAGAGGGCUGCAAAGUGCCUUGCAGCUUGUUGCGGAAAAGUUGCUACUGGCGCGAUUAUUAGGGAGUGGCACUUUGCGACACCAUUAGACUCGACACCGUCGAUAACUCUACGCAUUCGCGACUCGACCUUUGUUGAUGAUAAUGUUGGCUUCAAAACAUGGGGAUCUGCCUAUCUCUUAGCAAAACUCAUUUCAUCCGGUUCCUCGAUACCUUUAACCUCUCUUCGUUCUCGCUCGGCAAUGGAACUCGGUACCGGAACCGGCCUUGUUGGUCUUGCGUGCGCAACGCUUGGUUGCCCAAGGGUGGUAUUGACCGACUAUCAUCCUCAAGUUCUCUCUAAUGCAGCUUACAAUAUUCAACUUGUGCAAUCCUUGCAGUCUGAGAUUCUUCUUCACCGGCUUGAUUGGCAAGAGAUUGCCGAAGGUGCUGAUAAAGCAAUUGACGAGACUUUUGAUAUUAUUAUAGGUGCCGAUAUAGUCUACGAGAUUGUACAUACUCAAUGGUUGCCAAGGGUGAUUGAUCGUUAUCUGAAACGGGACGGUGUUUUUUAUCUGUUAAUACCGUUGAGACCUACACAUUCGAAGGAAGUUGAAUUGUUCGAAGAGAGCAUGUCGGAGAAUGGAUUUGUAACCGUUAGGUGUGAUGAAGAAAGGGGAUUUGAUGACUUUGUGGGUGAGCUGAAAUAUAGAUAUUACGAAUGGAUUAGGAAAUAG